AUGGCUCAACGACUCUACUUUGUCGCUCACGGUGGUGUCGUUCAAGGUGCGCCCUGCACCAUGCCUCCUCCAUCUCUCGGAGCCGCUGACACUUGGUUUCCUUAUGGAUCCCAGGAUAGGCCCCGCCGCGGCCGCGUGCAUCGUUCUGACGCUCGAGAAAGAGUCGAGGGAGAGGCCCAAGGCGAAGACGAGGCGCUCGCUCGAUUCUUCAAGCAUGUUGACAACGGGCCGUCUCAUGCCACCGUUGUUCGGCUUACCAAGGAGCAUCGGGACCUUGUCGAGGGAGAGGCCGACUUCAGCGUCCGCCAUUGA